AUGUCGUCCAGCGUCUCGACGGGGGGGAGGCGAAAAGGCCAGCUGACUGAAGAAGCCAGAACAUGCCACGAAUGUAGGACGAAAGAUCCCAGGCAAGGCAUUAAAAAUGCUUGCGGAGAUUCGGCAUGCUGCUAUUGGCUGUGCCAAAAAUGCUUGGAACGAUGGACGGAACAGUCUGGACGUGAUGGAUUUCAGUGCUGCCUACAUUAUGGAAGCCUGUGGUGCCCGUGCAAAAACCGGACAAGGGUCAGGACAGGACCCGUCGCGGUGUUGGAUCGAUCGACGCAAGCGAAGACCCGCCAUGUGCGCACGAGCGUUUUCGAGUUUCCGGCGCCGUCACCUCCAGUCGUCACCGCCGCAACGACAACUCUCAGUGCCACACCAACCUCGGGGACGGGUACGACAUACUCGGUGUGCACCUCGGUCAGCCUUAACCGGGUGGCGGUGAUCAAGGCUGGUAACAAGUACAUGUGCUCAAGGAAUGACUGCAGCGCCACUGGUGUCACGGACCCGCCACUACCAGCUCGUUGCCCACAUGCGGAGGUCGUGUUGGAAGCGGAGGGAUCAUCUACACCGAUGCCGAAAGCAGAUCCCGUGUUUUCGGCAGAGGAAUUUAGACAAGCAUUGACCACAGUGCCACCAGGAACUUUCAACGAGAGCACUACUCGAGCCAUGCACACACGCGCUGAUCAGGCGGCGCAAGAAGGCGUCCCGGUGCUUGUCGGCCUCGGGAGCACGAGGUACUUUGGGAUUAAGGACGGCCAUGAAAACGACCGCACUGUGAUUGGAGGGUUGUACACAAUUAAGGCACCCGGGUUAUCCGAGCCAUCUCUGCCGCGUCUCUCUACAAAACCAGUGACCUCAUUACACACACCCAACACCUUUACACUAUUCAGGAAAAAACGGAAAAUAAUUGACAACGCAAGAAAUGUUUGUCGGUGCGCCACGGUUCGAUGCCGUCCGCAUGCUCCGGUGUCACUGCUCCGGUGCCGCUGCUCCGGUGCCGCUGUGGCAGGUCCUAGCACGACCAAACUCGACCCGCUCCGCUUCGUACACGCUCUCGUUGCUGUCCUUCCCAGUCGGUUCCUCGCAUUCUCCCUCGUUGCACUUAGGCGAGGGGAAGAAGGUGUAGAGUGGGCGCACGUGAAGUACGAUGACAAGGGCGGGAGCAAGAUGUUUCAGUGCAAGGGGUGGGCGAAAGGUAAGUCGAGGAGAAAGACGGGCCGCUGUUUUCACGCCGCCAUUGUUGCUAUAUACAUUUACCACCGAGACAAGAUUGGCCUCGGAGGGGGGGUGGACCUGGAGCUCGAUGGCGAUAUGGACGGAAUGGAGUUCGGGCCAGAGGGGUGUGUGGGGGGGGAUGAACACAGCACUGGUAACAACGUGGAGUUCGCGUCGUCCACCGAGCGCACCGAUCCUAUCCGUUUCAAACAGCAGAUGGCCCAGCUCACAAUGAUUUGUUCUGUGUACAACCUUCCCGUCGACGAGCCUGAGUUCAAGGAAGGAACGUACGGGCGCGACACCAUUCACAUCAACGGAUGGAUGCAUUUGCACAGGCUGCGGGAAUCCGCAGCGGGGAGAGCAGAACUGCGAGUGGUGAAGAUCGAGCGAAAGGAAUGCAGGGGGUGCAACCUACGAGGCUGGGCAGGCGACGACAUCUACGAGGAUGGGGUGUUUAACUACAACAACGUUGUAAUUGAAUUGCGCCUUCUCUACGACAUCCGCAGGGCUUUCAGCAGCGAUACUCCGAUAUCGACCUGGAUCAAAACCUUCCUGGCACCCCUAGCAGAUAGCCUGGCCUGGCUGGACGCCUCGGAUGCCAACCGCAUCUUGGCUUCACGGUGA